AUGUGCAGAAUAUGGUUCCAAAAUUGUCGGGAUUCACAUACGACAUGCGGUCUUCCACAAGAAAAUUCAGCAGAGGCCAGCCCUUCUGCUGCACGACUUAUUGCAGUCUCCAACGGAGACGCUCGACUUUGUCUUCCUGAAGAGCUGAGCCCUAAUAGCCCUUAUGCAGCCCUCAGUCACCGCUGGGGCUUCCUCAAUUUCAUGACGCUCAAAAAAGACAAUAUCAAUGACUUUCGAAAACGGAUUCCGCCAGAAGCUCUGACAAAGACGUUCCGCGACGCUAUUGACAUUUGCAGAUACCUUGAUAUCCCAUACUUAUGGAUAGACUCUUUAUGCAUCAUUCAAGAUAGUGCAGAGGACUGGGCACUGCAGUCAGCCCUAAUGGCUCAGAUAUAUGGACAAUGUGACUUGAAUAUCGCAGCUACUUCUGCUGAAGAUGGCAGCGUUGGAUGCUUUUUUGACCGACCAAAAAAUUGGGCGAUCCAAAUACGCCCGCUUCCUGGAAGAGACGACCUGAUAUAUGACUUUAUGCCAUCCCCCUUGAUACAUCCAGAACUGGACGUAUUGAAUAACCGUGGCUGGGUUGUACAAGAACGCUAUCUGUCAAGACGGACUCUUCAUUUUACCGCCAAGCAGGUGUUUUGGGAAUGUGAUGGAGAAUCAGCAUGUGAGACCUGCCCUGGCGGAUACGAAAAAAAAGCAAUCAACUUUUGUCCCUAUGAGCUCAAACGAAGGGGCAUGGACAGAUCUAACUGGGAUGAACUUGUGAGCCAGUACUCGGGAGCCCGUCUCACACAAUCCAGCGACCGGCUCAUCGCUAUAGAAGGCCUCGCAAGAUCUAUCCAGGCGACCACAAAGGAUGACUACGUUGUCGGAAUGUGGAAGGAAUGGAUUGAGAGGCAGCUGGCUUGGUCUCCCUCUGAAGAAUUCAGGCCCAUCCCCAACACAUCAUGUCCUUCUUGGUCAUGGGCCUCAGGCAUUGGUAGCGUGAGCCUCCCGUUGGUCUGGUUUGAUGGUCAAUCCAACUCGCCAACUCAUAUAACACUCCAUGACCUACAAGUGCAAUACUUUUCGACGAAUACCUUUCGGGACGUCAAGAACGCUGUGAUUCGCCUUUGCUGCACUUACCUUCUCCGGGCAGUUCUUGAGCCAAUUGGGGACUCGCCCGAUGUCUAUUACAAGGCCAAAUUCGGAGAUGAGAAAUUCGACGAAGUUUACUUGAAAAUUGACAAUCCUGACAUCGCCAACAAGGCUCAGACCAUUCCUGCAUAUGUUUUAGUUAUAGAUGAAAGCCGCGGAAUUCUUCUGGAGCCUACAGCUCAGGCAACUGGGCAGUAUAGGCGGAUAGGCUCGUUCUUCACUUUCCAGAGCUCUUUUGUAGAGUCAUUGGGAUUUGUAAAUUGCGUUGAGCAAAGACAACUUGACGCAUUUUCGGCUGUCGAGGAGGAUGACGAAGGCAAUGAAAUAUAUAUUAUUGAUGUAGUAUAG